GAUUCAAGAACUGGUAAACGUUUAUCAAAUGUUACUUAUGAUUGGAAAUUCACUACACCUAAUGAUGAAAUCAUUCCAACUGUAUAUUAUUUCAAUUCAAUUGAAAGUUAUAAAAAUCGAUUAAAAUUAGGUUUAUUAAAUACUCAUAUUCAAUUACCGGAACAUUUAAAAUCAAUUCAACGUAUUGAAGGACGUUGUAUUGUAUUAGCUAAACAAUAUAUUGAUGAUACUAUUAUACCUAUGGAUACUAUGAAUGAUAAAGAGAAACAAAUAAAGAUUAAUAUAUAUGAAUCAAGACCAUUUGUUAUUAUUAAUCCAUUGGCAAUAGAUCCAAAUGAUUUAUUAACUUCACCUGAUUCAUUUCCUAAAAGUCAUCGGUUAUAUGCUACUGUAGAUGGAGUAAAAAAUGGUGCAGUUGUUAGUCCAGUAGGAUCAACAGUUACUUUAACUUGUCAAGUUUACGAUUCUGUCAAUCAAAUACCAGUUGAAAAUUUAAAUUAUAAUUGGGAAAUAAAACGUCGUGAUGGUACACCAAUUGAUACAUCUGUAUUAGCUAGAGAUUAUAUUAAUGUGAAAGGUCCCGGUGGUAAUACAUUAAUUAUUGGUAAUCUACGUUUAUUGUCAGCUGGAUUAAUUGGAAGAUGUAUUGUAACUAAUGAUAGUUUAACAGAUCCAACGAUAUCAGAUAUUGGUUUAUUAGGACCAAAUGAAAAGAUUUAUUCACCAUCAUUUGAUUUUAUUAUAACUGAUGAAACUUCAUCAGGAUCAUCAGAUGAUGUUAGUUAUGGAGGAAAUAAAGAUUAUGAAAUAGAUGGAAAAGAUUAUGAAGUUGUUAUUGAAGGUCUAGAUGAAGAUGGACGAUUAAAAGUAUCUAAAAAUGAUAAUAAAACAUUAACUGUAUUCUUAAAACAUAAAGAAACAGGUGAACAAAUCUAUCCAAGUCCACCAAAUACAUGUGCUGGAGUUGAAACUCGAUAUUUAAAUGGUUAUCCUGUACCACUUUCAUAUCUCGCUGAUACAUAUGAAUUUCAAUCAGAUAAUGGAAAAUUUCAUUUAUAUCAUAUGAAAGAGCCAAGUAUUUCACCACAAGUACAAAUGCGUUUUAUUAUUGAACAAAAGAAAUUCGAUGAAGAUGGUAAACCAAAAGAUGUAAUUCGUUAUGCAUCACAAUAUAUUGAUUUACUUCCAAGAAAAGAUGAUCUACCUGAACAAGUUCCAAUGGAGAAAAUCUAUCCGAUUAUUGAUGGUUUGAAUAAUUGUGGUAGAUUACCAUUAAUUAUUGGUAAUAAUUUAACUUUAAUAUGUCGUCCAAAUGAUACACGUCUAUUAUCAGAACCUCUAUUAUAUGAUUGGGAAAUAAGAGAUAUGUAUGGUCAUGUAUUACCACGUGUGAAUUUAUUAGCUAAAGCAAUUAAACAAGAAAAUAAUCGUUUAAUAUUAAUUGGAAUAAUGGAACCAAGUAUUAAAUCAUAUGGUCGUUGUAUAAUUAUGAGAAAAACUGGUAUACAAGAUCGUUAUAGUUCCGAAUAUUUUGAAAUUGGAGAACAUGGUUUAGAAUGUGAACCAAGUGGACCACAAAUUAUUACUGAUAUACCUGGAUAUAUACCUAAACCAAAUGAACGAUAUGAAGUACUUAUACGAAUUGUUGGUUUAAAUGAAAUGGGUGAAGUGAUUGCAAAACCUGGUGAUGAUAUUUCAUUAAAAUGUUUAGCAUUGAAUGCUAGUACUAAAGAACCAAUUCCAAAUGUUUCAACUGGAUGGAAUUUUAUGAAUGAUUAUGAAGAAACAAUACCAAUUGGUAAAUUAGCUUCGAUUGUUCAAUUAAAUGCUGAUAAUGAAUUACAAUUAACAAAUUUAUAUGAAAAUCCAAAUUCACGUGGUCGUUGUAUGAUAACAUUAGAUCAAAAAGUCACAUUGAGUUCACCAUAUUUUAAAUAUCAUGUCAUUGGAGAUAGUGUAUCACCUCAUAUACCAAUUAGUCCAUCAUAUUCAGAUAAACGAGUUCGAGUUGAAAUUAGUGGAUUAAAUGAACAAAAUCAAAUUAGUGUUACACGUGUUGGAGAUGAUGCAACAUUAAGAUGUCAAGCAAUUGUAGUAGAUACUAGUUCACCUUUAUAUCCAACACAUGGUAUACGUUAUGGAUGGGAAUGGCGUUACACUGAUGAAGAUCCAGUUUCAACUAGUAAUAUAGCAGUAAGCUUAGAAACAAAUGGUGAUCGUUUAGGAUUACGUGGUAUACGUCCACCACCUGGUACUAAAGGACGAAAUGUUAAAGGACGUUGUAUUGUUCAUGUACCAGCACAACAAAUUGAUCCUUCAUUAUCAGUUAGUGAUGAAUUGGUCUAUGGUUCAGAUUUCUUUUCAAUAGAUGUUGCAAGAAAACCAACAACUAUUGAUCCACAGUUAAUUCCGAUCCCAGGAAGAGAAUCAGAUAAUAUUGAAAUAGCUGUCGAUGGAUUAGAUAAUGAAGGUUAUUUAGUUGGCAAUGAAAAAGAAAGCGCCAGUGUUGUAUGUGAAGCUAGAAAUCGUACCACUAAACAACGAUUAUCAACAGAAGGUUUACGAGCAGAAUAUGAUGUGAUGUAUGGAUGGGAAUUUUCUGAUGUAACUGGUCGUUCAGUAGAUUCUAGUUUAUUCGCCAAUAGUGUAUCAAUGGAUUCAUCAGGAAAUUUACGUUUAAGAGAUUUAGUUGCACCAAAUCGUGGUAAUUUACCAUUUAAAAUUAGAUGUACCGCUGUUGUUAGUAAACGACCAAGUAUACCAGAUGAAAAGCCUUCUUCACCAAAAUUAUAUACAUCAGAUUAUUUUGGAAUGGAUGUAAGACGAAGUGAUGGUACAUCGACAAGAACUGGUGAAGAAGUUGAUAUUAAAGGAAGUUUGAUCAAAGUGAAAAUUGAUGGUUUAAAACCAGAUGGAACAUUUACAACUCAGCUUGGUGAAAAUGCGAGUAUUAUGUGUACAGCUGUUGAUUCGAACACUGAUGAAACAGUUCAAGAUGUAAUUAUCGGAUGGGAUAUACGACGUUCAAAUGGAGCGAUUAUUAAUUUGGGUAUAUUAGCUGAUCAAGUUAUGCAAGAAUCGAAUAAACUUCAAUUCUAUUCAAUGAAAUCACUUAAUUCAUUUGGUGACGAUAUUCAUGGAAGAUGUAUAAUUUAUCGGGGUAAUCAGAUUUAUCGAUCGGAUUACUUUAAAAUUAAAGUAUCCACUUUACCUAAAGAGGUGGAUGUUGAAGGUGAUGGUCGUAUACUGGUACGUUUAGUGGAUAUUUCACCAACGGAUCGUAAAAUUUUAUUGAAAUCUGGUGAAUCUGAAACGAUUCGUUGUAUUGGUAUUGACGCUCGAACUGGUGACCGAAUAGAUGAUUUAAAUUAUGGAUGGGAUUAUUAUUAUACUCAAUAUGAAAUAUCCUCAUCAUCCUCCUCAUCAACAACAUCACCUAUUCGUGGUUCACUAGGUCCAUUAGUUUCUAAAUUAGAAGAAUCACCUGAUGGUUAUUUAUCGAUUUUAUUAAAUGAUGAUUUAACUCAAAAAGAUGGAGCUUAUUUAAGAUGUCGUUUAUCAAAUGGUACAUCAAUUUAUACAUCACCAUAUUAUCGAUUAGUUACUGAAACUGAUGAAGAAGUAUCAGAAGUUAUUCCAGUGAUCACUCCUAGAUAUUUGAUUACUGUACAUGGUCUAGACAAAGAUGGUCAACUUCAAAUUAAACAAGGAGAUAACGUCUCACUGGAAUGUUCUGCUAUUGAUAUGACAACAAGAAAACCAGCUGAAAAUAUCAUCUAUAUAUGGGAUUUCCAAGAGCCUGGGGUAUAUCAUCCAAAAGGAGAUUUUCAAUUUAUACAAAAUCAGUUAACAAUCACUAAUCUAGAUUCAUUAUCUGGUACUGUUAAAGGACGAUGUAAAGUUUCUUAUAAAGGAUCAAAUAAAUGGGAUAGUUCACCAGAUUUCAUAAUUCAUUUGGAGAAAGAUAUCAUAGAACCUGAACGCAAACCUCCAACAUUAGAUGAUGUAGAAAAACUGAAGGAAUAUGAAGAAAGCAUCAAACAGAAAGGGAUCAAAGAAGCUGAUGAUACAGAUGAUCGUGUUCUUGUCACCGUGAACGGUUUAAAUGAUGACGGGAAUUUGAUUGGAGCGGCUAAUGAUGAAAAAACACUUAGUUGUAAUGCUGAAGUUAAAGAAGGUGUAAACUCUGCAAUACUUUCCUACAAUUGGGAAUUGAUGGAUUCCAAUGGAAAUCUUAUAUCAUUAAGUCAUUUAGCUGAUGAUGUUAGUCUAUCUAGUAGUGAUGGUGUAUUACGUUUAAAUGGUUUACGUGUUAGUAAACUAUCAGAACAAGGCAAUAUAAAAGGACAUUGUUUUGUGAUUGCUAAUAUCACCAAAAUAUUGAUCAUGUUAGAUGGGAUAGAAAAAGAGAAAACUGAACAACUUCUAUAUGAUUCAAAAAUGUUUGGUAUUGCGAUUACAGAAGACGGCACUUAUACAGGACCUAUUGGUGGAUCAGAUUUGAAUAGUAAUAAAGUUCGUGUUGGUGUUGUUGGUUUAACAACAUCAGGACAAUUGACAGCAGAGUCUGGUGAUAAAGUGAAUCUUCAGUGUUAUGCAAUUGAUGCACAAACUAAUGUACCAUUAUCAGAUGCUAUAUAUGCUUGGGAAAUUCGUGAUCGUAAUGAUCAAUCUAUAAUGACUGAAACAAUAGCUCAAAUUGUAUUACGUUCAAUCAAUGUAAUUAGUUUUAUACAUCUUCGUCCAACUGAUCAUUUACAAUGGAGUAAACAUUUAUUUGGACGUUGUUCAGCUUAUAGUCCUGAAAAUAAACAUAUAUACUAUUCAGAUUAUUUUCAUAUCAAUGUUCGUCAACCAUCGAUUGAUGGAAAAACUGGACCCGACAAUCAUAUACACGUUGAGGUUACAGGAAUUCCUUCGAAUGGUGUUUUAUCAGCAGAAGAAGGCGACAAUGUAAACUUGGAAUGUCGAGCUGUUAAUAUUACAGAUAAUACUCCAAUUACUUCGACUGAAGCAAUUUAUCAUUUUCAAUUUGAUGAAGCUGCACCAGAUAGAGAUGAUACAUAUGGAGGUUAUUUAGCUGAUGAAAUUAUACAAGAACAAUUAUCUAAUGAAAUUGGAGGUAUUCAAUUAACAUUAAAUGGAAUGAAAUAUGGUAAAUGGCAUAGAGGACGUUGUGUUGUCACAUUAAUACAAAAAGAUUAUGAUAAAGAAUUAAAAGAACCAAUUAAACGUUAUACAUCAAAAUAUUUUUGGUCAGAUAUUAGACAUAAAGGUGAAGUACAACUUGAAGGAUUUGAUCCAAAGAAACAGAUUACAACUAUUCAGGGUAUAACAUAUGAUCCAAAUGUUCUUGUCAAAGUUUAUGGUACAAAUCCAAAUGAUACAAUCACUGUGAAACCUGGUGAAAAUAUUGAAUUAGAUUGUUAUGCGCUUGAAUCAUCAACUGGUGAGCCAAUAAAAGGUAUGAAUUAUGCAUGGGAAUUGCGUACUUAUGAUAACCAACCAAUACAUACAAAUCGUCUUGCUAAUCAAUUAUUAAUCGGUGCUAAUCUAUCGGAUAAUGGACAAAAACUUCAACUAAAAGGUUAUCGAUCCAGUGGUGAAGGUAUACGAUUAAGAUGUUUGGCUAGGGGAACUGAUCAAGUAGAAAAUAAGAUACGUCAAGAUCAAACUUAUGCAUCACCAGUUUAUACAUUUGAAACUAUUAAACAUUUUGAAGAUAUUGACAAGAAACCUGACAUUGAAAGAAAGCGUUAUGAACCAAGUCAAUUACAUCCCGAAGUUGUUGGACUUAAUGCUGAUGGAACAAUGACAGCUAAAGAAGGUGAAGAUGUAAAACUUCAAUGUCAAGUUGUCGAUUCAUCUAAUGGAAUUCCAAUCAAAGAUGAACAAUUCAAUAUUGGUUGGACAAUAGCUACUGGACCAGAUGGACAACCGAUACCAUUUAAUAAUUUAGCUAAAACAAUCCUUAUUAAUAAUGAUGAAUUCAAUUUAAAUGAAUUAAAGUCAACAACACUCAAAUCUGGCGGUUUACGUGGUUAUUGUUCACUUUAUUUAAAUGAAGAUCAAUUGAUUAGUCCAGAAAAAUAUGAAAAUCAUACAGUGAUAUUAAAUUCUGAUGUAUUUGUUAUACAUGUCAAUGCAAAACAACCAGAUACUCAUAUAAUAGAUUCCAAUAUUGAAGAUGAGAAAACACCAUAUAGACAAUGGAUACCAGGGAAAGAUCCUAAAGAUGCUGUGAUUGUAAAAGUUUAUGAAUUACGACCAGAUGGAAGUGUAAUUGUACCACCAGGUGGUAAUCUUAAACUUAAUUGUUUAGCUCUUGAUGCAGUUCGUUUAAGACGACUUACUUCUACCGAUCAAAUACCACCACUUUUCACUUGGGAAUUACGUUCAUCUAUUGGUGGUCAACUAAUACCAUAUACUGAACAAGCUAGUGGUUCUAUAAUCAUAAAACAACCAUUAAAAGAUCCUAAAACAGCUGAAGAAGUUGGUGUUAGUACAAUGGAAUUACAGACUAUACGAUUACCGGUUGAUGCUCCAAAUGGUGUAUGGAGUCGAUGUGUUGUACAAAUAGGUCAACAAGUAUUCACUUCACCAUAUUUUCAUAUUCAAUUACAAAAAGAAGCUACCAUAGAAACAUAUUCACCAUUACCAAAAUCAUAUUGGUCUGAUGAUAAGAAUAUUGAAUUAAUUGUAAAAGGAUUAGAUGCUGAUGGGAACAAAAUUGUUCAAGAAGGUUCAAAUAUUGAAUUAACAUGUGAAGCACGAAAUACAAAAACUCAAGAAAUAUUAAAAGAGGAUCAAAUUUUAAUUGGUUGGCAAUUUAUUGAUCCUGAGAAACAUACCUAUUUAAUUCCAUGGUCUAAUAAUGCACAAAUGAGUGGGAAUAAUUUAUCAUUAAAAGAGAUUGAAAUACCUGGUGAACAAGAUUACCGUUGGAAUGUAUGGGGUUAUUGUGUUGGUGAUAUUCAAGAUGAUAAUCGUAUAAAACAUUAUCAAUCAGAACCAUUUAAUAUAGGUGUAAUAUCUGAAGAAAUUAGUGAUAUGACUACAAGUACCCCAUUAAUAAGAAAAGAUGAUGUUUAUGUUCAAGUUCAAGGAAUAUCUGAUGAUGGAUUAUUUACUGCAACAGAAGGUAGUGAUGCAGAAUUAAUGUGUCAUGCAAUUGAUAAUUUUGAUUUAGAAGUAGAUUUAAAAAGUUCCAGUUAUACAUGGCAAUUUAUUGAUCUUUAUAAUAAUCCAAUUAAUCCUAGUCGAAUUGGUCAAUAUGUUGAAAUACAAAAUGGACGUAUACUUUAUAUUAAACAUUUACAUCAAUCUAUUAUACAAGAUCAUAUACGUGGUCGUUGUAUGAUUAUUAUGAGUGUACCAAUUCCAGUAGAUAUUGAAUUAAGAGAUGAUUUACCACCGAUUCAAGAAUAUGGAUCAUCAUAUUUUAAAUUUACCAAAAAGAUCACAACUGAUCAAAGUGAAGAAUCAGCUGUAACUAUUGUGACAGAAUCUAUUGAAGAAACAACUAUAUCUGUUAAAGAAGGUGAAGAAAAAGAAGAAGAACAAGUAACCGAAUCAAUACAAGAUCGUAAUUUCCAUCUGAAGAUUGAUUCUUCAACAAAUACCAUUUAUCCUAUGGAUAAAUCAAAGUAUACAAUUCUGGCACGUGUUCAAAGAGCACUAGACUUAAGUUGUCAAGCUAUUUUCAUUGAUAAUCCACCAGAAACUAAUGAUCAAUUCCCUAAACUUAUAUGGUAUUAUCGUCAACCGGAAAUUCCUGGAGAUGUACCUAUUCCAUCACAAUUAUUACCAAUAAGUCCACCACGUAUGGAAACAUUAUCAAUUCUACCACAAACAGAUUAUAAAAUAGCAAUAUCUUCUGAUACAUACACAUUUAGAGAUGAUAAUGCUGAAUUUCAAUGUCAAGCAUUUAUGAAUGAUGAUGAACCAGUGGAUAAAAUAACUAUUUUCAUACAGAAGAUUCGUGAAAUGUUCAAUGUAAGAGUAUUCGAUGAAGAAUCACGUAGUAAAUUGUAUGUAUUUACUGGUACCUCUAAAACAUUAACAUGUUAUGUUGAUGAUCUUAUUACUGGUGAACGUGUAGAACCAUCAAAUUAUCAAUGGGAAAUGAAUUUAGGUAAUGAAAAUGGUAUAUGGAUAAGAGAUACAGAUCCAAGACAAGGUGCUGAAGAUAUUUCUGGUUGGAGAUCUAAUCAAUUACAAUUAAAUAAGUUACGUUUACCAAGUACAACUAUAUCAGAUGAAUCAGUAUAUGAAGUACGAUGUAUUGCAUCAUAUAAUGAUACUUAUAAUACAUCAUCACAUCCAUUUAUUAUCAAUGUGAGAAAUAAACCAAUGAUUAAAUCAAUACGUAUUGAUCGUGUAAAACCAGAUGAAUCAAUAUUAGAACCAGUUGAUAUGCCUAAAGAUUCAUAUGAUUCAACACAAGAUUAUGAACUUGGUUGUAAACCGGAAGUAACUUCAGGAGAAGCUGUAGCGACAUGGUUUAAAUGUCAAAAUGAUGAUUGUAGUUCAUUAAAAGAAAUUGUAUUAACUGGUGAUAGAUUAUUCUAUUUUGCUAAUUCAACUAGAUAUAUAGAUGAAGGUCGAUUUAGAUGUCAAGUUAGUUUACAAUUAAAAGAAUAUAACUUUAAACUUAUUCAAUAUCAAGAUGUGAUCAUUAAACGUCAAGCUGCUCCAGCAAUUUAUAGUAGUGGAUCAAUCACUUAUACAACUAAUGAUGAAAUGUCAUUACAAUGCACUGAUGAAUCGUCUUCACCUGAAUCAAAAGUAGAAUGGACAUUUGAACCUUCUGGUAAACCUCCUCCUGAACGUAGAUUACCAAAAUUAAUCGGAAAUACAUAUGCUUAUGGAAGAAUUUAUAUAUUUGCGUAAGUUAUUGUUUAGAAAAACAGGUGACUAGAAUAUCUCCAUCUUUUACUGGUAUUUAUAUGUAUAUUAUUGGAAUAGAUUGAUAGUGUGGUAAAUAAUUUGAAGCUCUAGUGUAGUAUUAUGGGUUUGUAAUGAUGGGGCCGAUUCUAGCUCCCACUUUUAUGUAAAAUUGUAAUGCAAACCAACAGGGUUUCCUAUUGACUACCUCGAACCACCAUUUUAUCUCAACAUAGUGCACACAAUAUCGAGUCACAUAGACUAGUGGCCACAUUGUGGCUUGAUCAAUAGGAUUUGAUAUGCACUAAGAAGGAUUGAAUGUCUAUGGCUCAAUAAGAUGUUUUGUAUUAUCACAGUUGAAACCUUGAAUCGAUCUAAGCUAGAUCACCUGAAAGCAUUGAACGGUCAUUUGGUUUCAGUAUGGGAUUUCUCAAUAAUGUACAUUCACAAUUCCUCAUGUAGGAAUCGAUCUACAAGACAUUUGGUUUCAUGAAUGAAGUUCACAUUUGAUAGAAAACAACAAUGAGAUUACAACCACUAGGUUGUUUUUUCUCCAGGAUUUCUACAAGAAUCUAGUUAAAAUUUCUUCUUUGUAUAUAGAAUUGCAAGAGGUCAAUUAAUACCGGAACAUUCAGGAAAGUACACGUGUAUAGCUACAAAUCCUUAUGGAACAGCUAAUAGUUCAAUUACAGUAACUGUAACUGAAGAUCUUUCACGUGGAAAACUUCGUUUUGUUCGAAGAAUUAUUCGUCGUGCAUUUGCUGGUUAAUAAAAUUUCACUGAUUCAAUUGUUACCAUUGAAUUUAAAAAAUAAAAUUAAUCAAUUAUUGUAUCCAUCCAUCCACCCAUCCAUCCAUCCAUCAAUCAAUCAAUCAAUCGAUCAACCAGUCAAUCAAUCGAUCGAUCAACCAAUCAAUCAAUCAAUGAUAGAUCUACACCUUAUCAUAUUAGAAAUCGAUAAUCAAUUAACCCAAUUAAACAAAAACAAAUAUUAUUGUCAUUUUACUUGCAGUUGUUGUUAUUGUUUUUCUUGUUUGUUUUUCUUUCUUUAUUUAUUUAUAAAUUCGUUUGAAUGAAUGUAAUACCACCCUAUAAAUAAUCACGUAUUUAUCUGUUUAUUUAAGUAAUAUCAUCAUUUCUAUAAUCAAUAUUAUUAUUAUUAUCAUUAUUAUUAUAUGAAUAUGUACUGUUUGUUCCGCUUUCCCUAUUAGGAUUAUUACUAUUCGAUAUACAAGUACACUAUUGACUGUUUUCUGUU